AUGGCCACGGCAGCCCUGACGACUCCGAACCCGGGGAAGGAGCACCGGACAGCGAUCACGGUGCCGGAGUUCAAGCGCUGGGUGAAGCAGUUCGACACCGACCACGACGGCCGCAUCAGCAGGAAGGAGCUCCGGGAGGCCAUCCGCCGCCGGGGCGCGUGGUUCUCCGGCCUGCGCGCACUGUUCGCUGUCCGGCGCGCCGACAGGAACCGCAACGGGUUCGUGGACGACUCCGAGAUCGAGGGCCUCAUCGACUUUGCCGAGAGGGAGCUGGGCUUCAGGAUCAGAACGGAAUGA